AUGUUUGAUCAUGAUUCGAACGGGCAACCAUUAUCUGUUGGUCAUUGUGUAAUCGGUCGAAUGGGUGAUAUCACGGGUCAUGCGCAUUGGAUACAAAUGCUCAAGAAGCACGGUAUGCCCGUAUGUAUGUGGCACCGAAUUGGCGUCAACUAG